UGCAGAUGUCGGGGAUCUCCUGAAGCCCCCGCUGAGGAGCCUGGCAGAGCUAGCAUUCUGUUUAACCUCCAGAGGGCAGCAGCAGCUCCUGGAAGCAUUUGCCAGGCAGGAUUUUUAACUCCAUUCCUGCCCCUUGGGAGCUGUGGCUGGUCCCACACAGGAGCAGGAGUGGGGUGAUGCAGGUGCAGGGGCCACCCUCUCGGCAGGCUCGUGUGUUGCUGAGUGCCUGGCCACCUGCUCCGGGACGUUCCCUCUGCUUAAGGGGAAAGAAAUGUCUGGCUCAGCUCUGCUAAAAUUGCCAAUUACGAAAUAAACCAGUCGAAGCAGUGGGAUUAAUCCCACUGCCUUCCUCACUGCAAUCCUGCUUGCAUCCCCACUCGCUCACCCUCUCAGCUCUGCUACAGGUUCAUCACGGUCAAUGCCAGGGACUCCGUGCUGAGGGAGCACGGACACCGACCGGAGCCACCCCACGCAGGUGGGAUCCAUGGAUCUGUGUCCUCGCUGUGCUGGGAGCAUUCAAACAGUUGCAUCUCAAGACCUGCCAUUCCUGGCAGAGCAGAAGGGCAGCUGGUAGGAAGGGUUGCACUGUAAUGGGUUGUGCUGGUUCCCGAUGGGAUCAGAGUGGCUGGGGAGCACCGGGCAGUGGGGACUGGUUGUACCAUGUGUGGAUGCGCCUAUGGCCAAAAGGAGGGCAUUGGAGAAGGAAAGUCAUUAACGUGGAACGACUGAGGGAACAGGCUGUUUAUCCUGGAGAAAAGGAGGCUGAGGGGAGACCUCAUCACUGUCUACAACUGCCCGAAAGAAGGCUGUGUAGAGGUGGGUUGCUGCCAUCUUAUCCAAAGUGACAGGGAUAGAAUGAGAGGGAAUGCGCUCAAGUUGCACCAGGGCAGGUUCAGAUUGGACGUUAGAAAAACAAUUUCUUCACGAGAGGGUUCUCGGGCACUGGGCAGAGGCUGCCCAGGGAGGUGAAGGAGGUCACCAUCCCUUGCAGGGGUGUAAAAGACAGGUAGAUGAGGUGCUCAGGGAUGGGUUAGUAGUGGACAGGUAUGUGGGUCAGUGUGGGGGAGGUGGAUGCCUGCCAGGGCAGGUGCCUGCUCUGUGGGCAGGAGGGCUGCAUCCUGCCCGUCCGGUCCCCACAGCUGGAGCUGUGGCCGGCCGCAGGCCAAGACACCAGCUAGAGCAGAGCUGCUCUCCUUCAGUGCCCAUUAAGCUGGGAUCUGGCCUUUGUCACCAGACAGUGCUGGCAGCCCAGGUCCUGCCUCCGCUCUGCAGUGCGUGGCGGUCUCGCCACCCCACUGCCCCCCAAAAUGCCCUUUCUGCUCAGCUCCCCCUCCACAAAGCAGAGCAGGAGCUGCUGUCCAUGAUCCAGGGGGCAGGAGAGGGAGAUUUGCCUUCCCUGUGCCUGUCCUACUGCCCCAAGGGCAGCAGAGGGUCCUUUGUGGUCGCUACUUUAAUUGCGUCGUUAUUAUGCAGAGUAAAUGAAUCCUGGCAGCAGCUGAACCUGGCGGAUGCCAACCACAGCCCAGAAAGGCAUCUGGCACCGGGCAGCAUCCAGCUGGCACGAGCGGAGGGCUGGGGGCCUGGAUGGGACCCAGCCAGCGCCAGGUGCCGGAGGAGCCAGGGGGUUCCAGCGGGAAGUGUGGGGGGACCGGAGGGGGAGCCCAACCCCUUCCCAUCUGCCCCCCUCCACCACUUCUCUUUUGCAGACCGUCAGGCAUCAAUAAGGCCAUUAAUGCGCAGGAAGUGGCUGUCAAGGAGAAACACGCCAGAACAUGCAUCCUGGGCACACACCACGAGAAGGGGGCGCAGACCUUCUGGUCAGUGGUGAACCGGCUGCCGCUGUCAGGCAACGCAGUGCUCUGCUGGAAGUUCUGCCAUGUCUUCCACAAACUCCUCCGGGACGGCCACUCCAAUGUCCUGAAAGACUCCGUGAGAUACAAGAAUGAGCUUAGUGACAUGAGCAGGAUGUGGGGCCACCUGAGCGAGGGUUAUGGGCAGCUCUGCAGCAUACUACCUCAAACUGCUGAGAACCAAGAUGGAGUUCCACACCAAGGUGAGCGGCAGUGCCUCUCCAGCCAGCGGGCAAGCACAGGUCCAGCAAAGGAUGGAGGAAACAGAUAG